AUGGCAGAACUCAGAAGAAAGCUCGUAAUUGUCGGUGAUGGUGCUUGUGGCAAGACUUGUCUACUCAUUGUCUUUUCCAAAGGCACAUUCCCUGAAUUUUAUGUUCCCACUGUGUUUGAGAACUAUGUUGCUGACGUAGAGGUUGAUGGCAAGCACGUUGAAUUGGCACUGUGGGAUACCGCUGGCCAGGAAGAUUAUGAUCGUCUCCGCCCUCUCUCAUACCCUGACUCGCAUGUUAUCUUGAUUUGUUAUGCUGUUGACUCGCCUGAUUCACUUGAUAACGUUCAGGAGAAGUGGAUUUCUGAGGUCCUCCAUUUCUGCCAAAAUCUACCUGUUUUGUUGGUUGGCUGCAAGAAAGAUUUGAGAAACGACCCUGCUACUAUCGAGGAGCUCAGAAAGAACUCUCAAAAGCCUGUAUCAUCUGAGGAAGGUAUGGCUGUGGCACGGCAAAUUCGUGCCGAAAAAUACCUCGAGUGCUCUGCCAAGACCAACGAAGGUGUUCGUGAAGUAUUUGAACACGCCACUCGAGCUGCCUUGAAGAUCGUCAAAAGAAGUUCAGGAAAACCCUGCGUUGUUCUUUAA